AUGACCGUUCCACCGAUCGUGCUUCAACUGGUUAAAGUCCCAGUUGUUGGCAAUUAUGAUUUAACAAGCUUGAAAUUUUUAUUCUGUGCUGCUGCUCUGUUAAGCGAAGAGUCGAGUAAUAUGUUCAGCAACAAAUUUGGUACACCUCUUAAGCAAGGUUAUGGACUUACUGAAACUACACCAAUCAUUACAAUGGAUAGGACCGAUGAUAUCACAAUUGCAAAAAUUAUUGAUGAAAAUGGAAAAGAACUUGGGAUUAACGAACAAGGUGAACUAUAUGUUCGUGGUCCAAACGUUAUGAAGGGUUAUCUUAAUAAUAAACAGGCUACUAAAGAAUGUAUUGGUAAAGAUGGAUUUUUCCGUACCGGAGAUGUUGCUUUUAUUAAUGAAAAUGGGAAAAUUUUUUUGGUCGACCGUAUAAAAGAACUUAUCAAAUAUAAGGGCUCUCAAGUUGCACCUGCGGAACUCGAAUCAGUCCUACUUACAAACCCCAUCAUUUCCGAUGCAGCUGUAGUUGGUAUAUAUUCAGAACAAGACGCGACAGAAUUACCAGUCGCCUAUGUUGCCACCACUGAACUUUCUGGUCAAAAUGUAAAAUUUACAUUUUAA